GUGGCGGCGGCGGCAGCAGUAGGCAGAGGCAGCGGCGGCUGCAGCGACCAGAGCCCGCAGCGGCUCCGAGCGCCUCCGGGAGGACAAGCGACGAGCUUGGAGAAUCGUCAUCCGCUAGCUGUCCGCCAGCUUCGCCAGCUUCGGCGGCCGGGGCUGGCUUGGAAGAAGCGAGCGAGCCCGAACGCGGCUUCUUCGGCUCGGUGCCCAGCAACACUGUUGCAGGCUGGGCUCUGGGCAGCCCCCAGAGUGCGGGCCCGCGCCACCGCCUUUGAACGCUGGGGGUGUGCGUGGCAGCGGCCGCGGUGGCGGCGGCGGCGAAGGCGGUGACCGGAGCGGCGAGUCGGUGCCGCCCGGGCUGCGCUUCGCCCCGGCAGCUUUGGCGGCGAGGACGCCCGUGGCUCAGGAUGAGAUCGGGGGGCACGCUGUUCGCCCUCAUAGGCAGCCUGAUGCUGCUGCUCCUCCUGCGUAUGCUCUGGUGCCCAGCCGACGCGCCUGCCCGCUCCAGGCUGUUGAUGGAGGGAAGCAGAGAGGACACCAGUGGUACCUCAGCUGCACUGAAGACACUCUGGAGCCCGACAACCCCGGUACCACGCACCAGGAACAGCACAUAUCUGGAUGAGAAGACAACCCAAAUAACAGAGAAAUGCAAAGAUCUGCAAUAUAGCUUGAACUCUUUAUCUAACAAAACGAGACGGUACUCUGAGGAUGACUACCUCCAGACCAUCACAAACAUACAGAGAUGCCCAUGGAACCGGCAAGCAGAAGAAUAUGACAAUUUUAGAGCAAAACUGGCUUCCUGUUGCGAUGCCAUUCAAGACUUCGUGGUUUCCCAGAACAACACUCCAGUGGGGACUAACAUGAGCUACGAGGUGGAAAGCAAGAAACACAUCCCCAUUCGAGAGAACAUUUUCCACAUGUUUCCAGUGUCGCAGCCUUUUGUGGACUAUCCCUAUAACCAGUGUGCAGUGGUUGGUAAUGGGGGAAUUCUCAACAAGUCUCUCUGCGGAGCAGAAAUUGAUAAAUCUGACUUCGUCUUCAGGUGUAACCUCCCCCCAAUCACAGGGAGCGCUAGUAAAGAUGUUGGAAGCAAAACAAAUCUUGUGACUGUCAAUCCCAGCAUUAUAACCCUGAAGUACCAGAAUUUGAAGGAGAAGAAAGCACAGUUUUUGGAGGACAUCUCCACCUAUGGAGAUGCAUUCCUCCUCCUGCCAGCAUUUUCCUAUCGGGCCAACACAGGCAUCUCUUUUAAAGUCUACCAAACACUCAAAGAGUCAAAAAUGAGGCAAAAGGUUCUCUUCUUCCAUCCCAGGUACCUGAGACACCUCGCUCUUUUCUGGAGAACUAAAGGGGUGACUGCAUACCGCUUGUCCACAGGCUUGAUGAUUGCAAGUGUCGCUGUGGAACUGUGUGAAAACGUGAAGCUCUACGGAUUCUGGCCUUUCUCUAAGACUAUCGAAGACACCCCACUCAGUCACCACUACUAUGAUAACAUGUUACCUAAGCAUGGUUUCCACCAGAUGCCUAAAGAAUACAGCCAAAUGCUCCAGCUCCAUAUGAGAGGAAUCCUCAAACUGCAAUUCAGCAAAUGUGAAACGGCUUAACGUUUCUUAGAAGGAGAAUAAUUUCAGGAGGUGGAGUGGAUGUGUCACAGCAUCUCCAAAAAGCCAAUAGAAGAAGGCACAGAGAAAGCAUGAAUUACAAAGGCGCUCUCCCACUUGUCUAGACCAAAGCCACCCGCCCCCACUCACUUUGCAGCCUCCACGAGUCACUCAUUCUCACCUUCAACGUUCUUUCUCUGAGAAUAGAGACCAAAACAUCAGACUUGGAUAAGUAAAAUGAGAUAAUUUUUCAAAUCAUCAUAGAAUUUGAUUUGAGCCAGGGUCUCUCAGAAUGCUUCCUUGUUCCUAUCCAUGAUAGCCAUUCCCACCUUUAUCAGAGUGGUAAUGAAACUGUGCAAUUGUGCCAAAGACCCUUUCUGAAGAGAAUGUCUGAAUCAUGCGCCGAGUUUUUACACACAGCUCUUCCUUUAUAAAUAAAUCCUUCCCAUUCUCCCUCCUAGUAGAGUACAGAAACAAAAUACCCUUGAUGAUUCAGGAAGAAAAGUCUUUUUUACUUAGCAAUGUGCCUGCUUCUGAUUCAGUUCGCUUGUGACAUUAAGCUGGGUUGGGGUUUUGGUUGGAUUUGGGGCGUUUCUUCACUUCUUUUGUCUAUAUUUUCCUUACCUUUAUCAGUUUGUAUUCGAGCUUCCUGCUUUGGGAUUCUGCAAUUCUCUCUCCCACUGACAGGAUCAACUCAAUGACAUAAAGUAGUUCAAACAUCCAUUGCUUCUCACAUGUUUUAUCCAUAAAGUUACUCAUCUGAUUUUAUUUAAAAUAGUGAACAUCUACUUGAUAUCAGACCCGAGGACCAUCCUCCAUUGGAGAAUAUGAAGAUAUUGUCACUGGCAGAAAAGCAGGUGUGUGCCAUUAAUUGAUAAGAUACCACAAGCAUCAUCAUGCCAGUUAUGAACACAGUGCUGAAAGGAUCAUAGACAGGGGUGGUUAAAUCUGAUCCCAGUAGAAUAAACUUCAGUGUACCUAUUUCAGGGAAGAGUUAAUUUCACAAUUAAAACUAGUAAAUGAACCAAUUCUUAGGCACAUUAAGUGGAUUCUGAGUAAAAGAAAGGGAACAGCAGGAGAAAGCUGUUCGCUUGGUUCUGAUUACCCAAAUGAGCAUGCUGGAAGGAGGUUGUGAGGCUACGCUAAAACCUCUGCGUAGGGAGAGAGUACAGUGCAUGAGUGUGGCGGCUUUUGUCCACACUCGUGAAGGGUGAGUAAUUCAGAGCCAAUCACAUCACAAGGAUGGACACACCUAACUCAUCACUUCAGGGGGAGAUGAAUGCUUUCAUGAGAAAUUACACUCAUAAGCUAAGCAUCAGUUUUGAGUAAAAUUUGAGUAGAUGUUAAAUAUGAACAUUUUAUACCUCUUACUAAUGUCCCACCGACACCUUUUAAUGUAAGCACAUUUAUUUAUUAAGUUACUUGACAUUAAAUGCUUAUGUCUGUAUAUUCUGUUCAUCCAUCGAUUUUCCCAAAAAGUAAGAGCAUAGGAGAUGAGGCCUACAUGCCAAGAAAACUAUAAAUUUUACUCUUUAAUUCUUACUUGAGCCAGCUUGUUGUUUAUCAAGUGCUUUUUUGAAGAGACAGCACCCUGUGAAUUCUUCAUUCUGAUACAGUGUCACCUUGUAUUUAACAUUUGUAAUGUUGUUUCAAGUUUACAUCUCUUUCAUUCUUUUAUAGCAAAUCAAACGUAUUAGCUUCAGAAAUUUAUCAGAAGUUCAUAUAUAAAUAUUUUGCAAAGGGUAAAAGGCUUUUUUGUUAAAUAAAAUAAAAUUUAUUAUUUUCUUCUGAUGAAUAGAGGCUCUUUUAUGCUGCUGCUAAUGAACCUAAUUAGCUUUAAAUUAUCUCCUAGCAACAUUGGUCACGUUUCAAUCAUGCUAUUAGCAAAAAA